AUGGCAAGUGGAGACGCUGUUUGGGAGAAGAUACUCUACCGCAGGCAACCGUAUCCGGAUAACUACUCCGGUGGUGAUGAACAGUUUCUAUGCGAGCUUAAGAAGAAUUCACUGAAUGAUUUCGAAGACGUUUUCAACAAUACGCUAGAUGCCACCGUAUUAGCCACAGGUCUUAUUGCGACGAGUCUACUUCUAUAUGUAGUCUAUGCUUUGGUGUUGACAGAAUCGAAGAUCAAUUUUGUCGAUCAUCUGUACACGGUUGUUGUGUUAUUCCUUUUUGGAUAUGCUACUACUCCGGCUAUAAGAACGCUCACAAGUACUAUCAGUACAGACACUAUAUUCGCAUUAUCAUUUAUCACCGCAUUGAUCAGUUGUGUGUUCCACGACUACGGUAUUAAUGCACCCAUCGUGUCUUAUCAGUUAUCAGUGAGUAGUGGUCUGAGCUCCGCUGUCUUCCUUCUCUCAAGAUUGGAAUCCAAUGAUUUGGCGUUCGUUAUGUUAUCCAUGACUUUUGCCUUACAUGCGUUUUCUCCAUUCAUUAGGAAUAUUCUAUUCGCUAAUUAUGCUGUUGUUGCUACGAUGCUCACGAUCUCGUUGUCAAUCUUUUCAACCUACAUGUUAUGGACGUUGUAUGUGGAAUUAUCUGUGAUGUGGACGUUAUUCCAAUUAUUCCUAUUGUUUGUUUGCCCAUUUAUUUUAAUUGUUAAACAAAAGAGCAAGCAAACGAUUCAUGGCCCGUGGGAUGAGGCUAUUCUCAGGCAGAAUCCAUAUUAG